AUGUGGGGUGCCGUUGCCAUCAUCGUUGUCGUUAUCGUGUUUGCGGUCAUCGGGUGGGUGAUCUACAAGAGGACCCAUGGCAAGUCAUCACAAUCCGACACGCUGAUCGGAUCGGUACGCAACGUGCGCCUCGAGCCACAUGACGCCUUCGUCAGCGCGUUCUACGGGCAGCCGCACACCGCUGGAUUCGUGUUCACCUGGGAUCCACCGACCAACGGAUCUGGCGCCGGAUACUCCAUGAGCUACAGCUACUCCAUCACGGAUCCUUCGGGCGACAAGACGCCCCAAGCCACCGUUGGCAGCAACGUGGCUUUCCUGCCGACGCCGCUCAAGGACGGCACCUACGCGAUCACCAUCGCGGCCAGCAAUCAGUUUGGCACGGGACCGUCGGCGACAUUCAAUGGGACGCUUGACUUGAAGCCCCAACCCUUCCCCGCCAACGCCAUCCGCGUCAGCCACCCGACCACGGGCUACUACUUUGAGCGGGACGCGGUGCCCACCAGCGAGGACGCGAUGGCCUCCGUGUCGUACGUGAGCACGAUCACCGAUCCAUCGGGCAAGCAGUACCACAGCGAGAGCGCCGCCACCAGGAUCGGGCUGCCGCAGCCGAUCGUCAGCGGGCGAUACCAGCUCGAUCUCUACGCCAAGAACGAGUACAGUGACAACGCGACCAUCACCGGAUCGACAAACAUCGCCAAGCUUGCGGUGCGCAGUGUCAGUGCCAGGUGGGUGGCAUCGUCGGCCAACGACGGCGCCUACGCGCUCAACGCCAGCGCGAUCAUCGAAAAUCUGCCCGCCGCGACGACUCCCCACUUUUCGCUCAGCUACCCAGACGGAUCGGGUGUGUAUCUGGCUCCAGGCACUUGCGGCACCUUUUCCAACGUGGCCUCGACGUGCUCGCCAAACUCGGAUGGCAUUCAGACCUGCGCCAGCGACAUGCAGCCUGUCUAUGGAUCACCAAACCUAAGCAGCCUGCUGGCAUGCACCGCAAUCGGCAUGACCAACAAGUCCAUGCGCAACAUGCCAGUCAACCUCAAGGUCGACGUGGUGCCUCAGAAUGCGCUCAUUGCGCUGGCAUCCAUGACCAUGGGCACCGUGUUUCCCGGCACGGCACCGGCUCGCGUGACAAACGGCAGAAUCGCCCAACAUCAAUGA